UAAACAAGUCUUGGUCUUCUUCAUUCACUCUCUACUUACUGCUGCUCUUCUUCAAUCAAUCGAUCGAUCGAUCAUCAUCGAUGUCUCAACUCCUCUCUCUUGGAUCCGCACGAGAUCUCUUCGAUUCUGUCGAUGCAUUUCUCUUUGACUGCGACGGCGUAAUCUGGAAGGGCGAUAAGCUUAUUGAUGGAGUUCCCCAGACUUUGGAGAUGCUUCGAUCGCAGGGAAAGAAGCUUGUGUUUGUCACAAACAAUUCCACCAAGUCCAGAAAUCAAUACGCUCAAAAGUUCCGUUCUCUUGGGAUUACAGUCACCCAGGAUGAGAUAUUCUCCUCCUCAUUUGCUGCGGCCAUGUACUUGAAAGUCAAUCAUUUUCCUCAGGAUAAGAAGGUCUAUGUAAUAGGCGAGGAAGGUAUAUUGGAAGAGCUGGAGCUUGCUGGUUUUACCGCUCUGGGUGGCCCGGAGGAUGGGAAAAAGACUGUGCAGCUGAAGCCGGGCUAUCUCUUUGAGCAUGAAAACAGUGUUGGAGCUGUGGUGGUUGGACUGGACCAGUAUAUAAAUUAUUACAAACUACAGUACGCAACUCUCUGUAUUCGCGAGAAUCCAGGUUGUCUUUUCAUUGCUACCAACCGUGAUGCAGUUGGACAUAUGACUGAUUUGCAAGAGUGGCCUGGGGCGGGAUGUAUGGUUGCUGCUGUAUGUGGGUCGACAGAGAAAGAGCCUAUUGUGGUUGGAAAGCCAUCAACUUUUUUGAUGGACUUCCUGUUGAAAAAGUUCCAAAUCCCUACUUCGAGAAUGUGUAUGGUAGGUGACAGGUUGGAUACUGACAUCAAAUUUGGCCAGAAUGCUGGUUGCAAAACUCUCCUCGUUCUUUCAGGUUAG